CAAAGUUUGUAGCAGAUCCGAGGGACAGCAAGACUCGGACCACAAUACUCCCGACCGAGCACGCGAAAGGCACAAAAGUUGUGCGUCGCUAGUUUUUUUUUUUGAUUUGCCAAAAAGCAUGGAUACUGCGCAAAGUGCAUGCAACGCGUCCGUCAUCCUGCAAGAGAGCGCGAGCCAAUCCAUGUCGAAGGUGCUGAAAAGACAGCGCUCGAGCUCACCGGAGCUUUUGCGCUGCAAGCGGAGACUCACGUUCAACGGGCUGAGCUACACCAUCCCGCAGCAGCAGCCCGUCGCGGUGGCGCGACGCAACGAACGCGAGAGGAAUCGCGUCAAGCAGGUCAAUAUGGGAUUCCAGACGCUGCGCCAACACGUCCCAAACGGCGCGGCCAAUAAGAAGAUGAGUAAAGUGGAGACGCUCCGGUCGGCGGUGGAGUACAUCCGCGCGUUGCAGCAGCUGUUGGACGAGCACGACGCGAUUACAGCCGCGUUCCAGCGCGGCGUUCCGUCACCGACGCUCUCGAACGCCUACUCGGCCGAUCCCGAGUCGCCACACUCCUCCUAUUCGUCCGAUGAAGGGAGCUACGAGCACCUGAGCUCUGAAGACCAAGAGCUGCUGGACUUCACAACUUGGUUUGAUCGCUACUGAUGAGAUUUUACAAUCCUCACCUAAACAUUCCAAGGGAACUGCACGUGACUGCAUGGAAAAAAGCCAGUUUAUGUGUUUUGGAACGUGGUUGCUGGUUUAUUGCUGGCAUGGUGGUUGUUGCUGGUGCAAGAUGAUCUUAGACCUGCUAGAAACCAGCUACUGUGUUCCCAAAAUAAACCUGGACUCUUGUAAACUUCACAGAUGCUGCUUUGUUGACUCUAUGGGCAGCAGUCUGGGACGCUGUGGCUUAGUGGUUAAGCUGGAAAAGGUUGUAGGUUCAAACCCCAGUGGGGUCGAUGAGCUUCUACAAUUGUGAAACAAGUCAAGACUGCUGGAUGAACACAUUUCAUAAGUGCAAUUGUGGGCAUGAUAUGUUGAUGCAACUGAUGCCGUUUCAACUUCCCUAAGAAUGUCAAGUUAAUGGGAAUAUUGAUUAUUACCUACAACCAACUACCAGGUCUGCUUAAGGACCUACGUUGAAAUUUGUACAAUAACUUUUUGUAUUGUUAAAGAUGAAGAUAUAUUUUUGUAAGCGGAGCACAACGGCCUCUUUGUGACAAUGAACGCUGUUAGAUUGUUGUAAUAAUAAUAACCGUUCUGUUUAGAUCAAAGCUGUUUUUAACACUGGAGAAGAGUUGAUCUGUAUUUAUCAAAAUUUUAUCGUCUAUAGAUGUAGUUCUUCCUGUGAUACAUG